AUGCUCCCAGUGGCUGAGGAGGAGACGAAUGUUCGCGUAGCUGCCAGAGUUCGGCCACUUCUACCUCGGGACGUAGCGCAGAACUACUGCAGCUGUGUUUCUGCGCAGCCUGGGACGAACCAGCUCGUUGUUGGCACCAAACGUGCAUUUACGUUUGACUUGGUUUUUGAGACGGAUGCAAGCCAGUCGGCCGUCUAUGAUGGCUGUGUGUCAUCCUUGCUGGAUGGCUGCAUGCAGGGCUACAAUGCAACCGUCUUCGCUUAUGGCCAAACAGGUUCGGGCAAAACCUAUACCAUGGGUACUGGACAGUGGGUAUCGGAGGGCAGCACCGAGGAGGGCAUUGUUCCGAAGGUCCUUCGGAACAGCUUCCGGCACAUUGAGGCGAACAGUUCGACCAUCGACUUCAAAGUUUCUUGCUGCUACUUGGAGAUCUACAACGAAGACAUCCGUGACUUGUUGCAGCCUGGAGGCCAGAGAGGCCCCAUUGCCAUCAGGGAAGAUGCUGCCGGUGGCAUCAAGGUCUCCGGUAUCCACGCAGAGACGUGCACCUCUGCGGAGGAGAUGUUGAGUUGCCUCAGCGAUGGCUCCGUGCAAAGAACCACCGGGGCCACACUCAUGAAUGAGCACAGCUCGAGGUCCCACUCCAUCUUUACCCUCAUCUUGGAGCAGCGCCGCCGGAUAGGAGGAGGGGAUGCCUGGAGUGAGGAUGACUACGUGACGGCCAAGUUUCAUCUUGUCGAUCUUGCGGGGUCUGAGCGCGCGAAACGCACUGGCGCCGUCGGCAGCCGCUUCAAAGAGAGCAUUGCCAUAAACUCUGGCUUGCUCGCGUUGGGCAACGUGAUUUCUGCCUUGGGGGAUCCUGCAAAACGAGGUAUCCACGUACCGUAUCGCGAAUCGAAGUUGACGAGGUUGCUGCAAGACAGCCUGGGCGGGAACUCAAGAACCGUGAUGAUUGCUUGCGUCAGCUGCGCUGACAUCGAUUCGGAAGAAACGCUCAACACCCUGAAGUAUGCGCACCGUGCUCGCAACAUCAAAAACAAACCUGUGGUCAAUCACGACCCUCGCACCGCGCAGCUGGCUGCCAUGCAGGACGAGAUCGUGGCCUUGAGGGAGCAGCUUCAGCGCGCCAACGAGGGCUCUUCCCUGGCUGUUGCAGGCCCGGGCCCGGCACAAGAGGAGAUGAUGGAGCUCAACCACAAGCUGGAGGCCUCUGAGACUCGUUCCGCAGAGCUUGCCGAGCUCCUGGCAGCCACGGAGACAGAGCGCGAAGCCUUUCGAAGAUACUUGGUGGACAUGUACUGCGCUGUUUGCCACCACCUCCCAGCCAUCUGGCAGGUCUCGACUCGUGAAGCUCCAGCGGUGCCUGCCCGACGGGCCCUGACAGCCGUCUGCCAGGUUCUGCAGGCAGCGCAGCGGCUGCUCAACAGUGAAGCAGAACCGCCAGCAGAUGCGUUGGACACGUCGCCGGAUACCAUGCCGGUGGAUGCGAGCCAACUCCCGUCCCCGCCGUGCCAUCUUAUCCAGGAGCAACCGCCGGAGCUUACAUCGGGUGAGCCUGCUAAUGGCAUGCCAUCUCUGUCAACCACUGCACCGCAACUGGGAGAGCCGUACAAGCUCCCGUCUCUGGCAGAGAUGCGGAAGGACUCGACAACGCUCAUCCGCAGGUAUCUGGACGAAAUGAAGCGCAUGGAGACAGAGCUGGCGCUGUACCGGAGGCGCACCAGGCAGCUACAGGAAGAUCUGAAGGAGGCUCGGGAUGACUUGCAAAAGGACGAGGAAAUCUUCGAAGAGAAGAUGCGAGAGAUGAAGGAGUUGACGGACCGCAACGCCUUUCUGGAACAGGAGAUACAGAGGCAGAGAAAACCUCUCAGCCUGGACUCACGGACGAGCAGUAAGGAGGGCCCGAACUUUUUUGCCAUCCAACUCAGCGACUUCGAGGAUGGCCCGGCCAUGAGUUCGACGGCACCCCCUGCACCUCUUCCGCCAGAUGACGGGUCAGAGACCGAUUCCUCCAGACCAUGCGACGUGCAGGCAGGGUGCAUGCAGCGUGGUCUGCCAUGCAAUCUGUGCCGUUCUAGGGGCUGUUCGCAGCGGCAUGUAACGACAGGUCGUAGGCAGUGA